GGCAGUUUGUUGUCAUCUUUAUCCAGUAGUGAACCGUUAAGAUAUAUUGUAUUGGCACGUAGCCCCUUUUUCUCCCUAUUUUUCUUUCCGUGUAUUUACUUUGCGUUUGUGAAUUAACGCCAGCAUACUCUAGCCAGCUAGCAAGCCAUGGGAAAUAACUGAAACCGUCAGAAGAAACCUGGGUGCGACGGUUGAAGUUAACUGGCAAAAUAUAACCAUGGUGGUUGUGGCAAGUUGGUGGCGGAUGACAAGCAAGACGGGAUAGCUGAAUUUAGCGCUUUUGGAGGAGGAUGGGUGUGUGCGGAUAGUAUUAUUAUUCAGCUCUUGGAUCAAGUAGAGGACGUAGACUACAUCGUCAGGUUAGAUGUAAAGUUGAAAGUCAACCCGCAGGAGAAAGGGGAGUCUCCACCGGGAGGGAGAAGAAGAGGAUGAGGAGGCAUGACGUAUCGGUUCUUGUUGGCAUCUUAGUUUUUGUAAAAGCCACGCACGAGUUAAGUUAGAUGUGUUUAAAGCAGUGAGGUGAACUGUGGUAGAUUGGGUGGGAACAACAGGAAUAUUUGCGGAAAGCAUGACGGCUAUUUUAGCAUAAAGUCUCUGCAAGCGCUGCCGACAGCACUCACCAGUCUUUCCAGUCAGGUGAAUCCUUCCCCAGUAACGAUAACAGGCUUUUUAAAUCCAAUAUAGGUGGACCUUUUUUUAUGGAGACAUGACAUAGCCCGAUAAUUCACCAGCUUUGGGUCGCUUCCUCUCUGAGGUUUAUUUUUGCGCAACUCCCACUGGGAUCUCAGCAAGGGAGAAAGUCAAGGUCACCAGCUAUUGAGCCCUCUCAGUGACAGCAGACCCCCUGCUCCUGUUUUUGUGACUCUGGCAUAGCAUCUAAUGAGCUCAGAAGAAUUGCUCCACAGGAAGAGUGACAGCCCCUGGUCAUGUUUCCACCACGUCUCCUGCUGCGCUCAAAUCACACCCACUCCUAAAUGUAUCUGUGAAGCCACAGAUGUAUUCAGUGAGGUUCUCCUCUUCGAAUGGUUUGGAUAUGUGUAACUCCCCAGAAGCAGGGGAUCAUUGUUUGGGUGAAUGAAGGGCCACUGUUCUACUUUGCUGCUCUAAGGAAGAGCAGCCCCACUCUGCCUGGGAAGCAGGGACAGACAGACGUUAGACUGCCCUGUGAAGUGUUCGCCUUUUCAUGGAUGCCAGGGUGGCCCGGCUGCACGUAUGGACAGUCCUUGUCCUCCUGACAGCAGAACUGAAGUGGAUUGAUGCUGCAGAGGUCUUCACCAACGCUUGGGCUGUCCAGAUCAAUGGGGGGCCAGAGGAGGCUGACCGCAUCGCCAGGAAACAUGGUUUCAUCAACCAUGGCAAUGUUUUUGGAGAUUAUUAUCACUUCAGGCAUCAUGCCGUGGAGAAGAGGGCUUUGUCUAGCCACAGGGGGAUGCACAUCAGACUGCAAAAAGAACCACAGGUCCUGUGGGCAGAGCAGCAAGUGGUGAAAAAAAGGAAGAAGAGGGAUGUCUAUGAAGACCCAACAGACCCUGAUUUCCCCAAGCAGUGGUACCUGUCCACCCCAACACAUCAAGACCUGAAUACCAAAGUAGCCUGGGCUCAAGGCUACACAGGAAGAGGUGUAGUGGUGACUAUCCUGGACGAUGGCAUUGAGAAAGACCAUCCUGACCUAUUCAGCAAUUAUGACCCUGAGGCCAGCUAUGAUGUUAAUGAUGGAGACGCUGACCCCCAACCAAGAUAUACGCAACGAAACGAGAACAGACAUGGAACUCGAUGUGCAGGAGAAGUCGCAGCUUCAGCCAACAACGGUGUGUGUGGUGUAGGUGUGGCCUAUAAUGCUAAAAUCGGAGGAGUUCGUAUGUUGGAUGGGGAGGUGACGGAUGUGGUGGAGGCCCACUCUCUUAGCCUCAACCCUCAGCACAUCCACAUUUAUAGUGCCAGCUGGGGCCCAGAAGACGACGGCAAGUCACUGGACGGCCCUGCCAAGCUGGCUAAAGAGGCUUUCCUCCAGGGAAUCACCAAGGGACGAGGCGGACGUGGCUCCAUCUUUGUGUGGGCCUCGGGUAACGGUGGCCGGGAACAGGACAGCUGUAACUGUGACGGCUACACCAACAGCAUUUACACCCUGUCCAUCAGCAGCACCACGCAGUCCGGCAACGUGCCGUGGUACAGCGAGCCCUGCUCUUCCACCCUCGCUACCACCUUCAGCUCUGGAAACCCAGGGGAGAAACAGAUAGUGACCACAGACCUGAGGCAAAAGUGCACAGACUCUCACACAGGGACGUCUGCUUCAGCGCCAUUGGCAGCUGGGAUCAUCGCUCUGGCUCUAGAGGCCAACAUGAAUCUAACCUGGAGGGACAUGCAGCACCUGGUGGUGAGAAAGUCCCAGCCCGCACACCUCAGCGCCGGAGACUGGAAGACCAACGGAGUUGGACGCAGAGGUAGAGGCUGGCAGUCCAAAUCAAGCACAGAUGUGAGUCAUUCGUACGGUUAUGGGCUCCUGGAUGCUGGUGCUAUGGUGGCAUUAGCACAGAACUGGACCACAGUGGGGCCACAGCAUCAGUGUGUUCACAACAUGCUUGCAGAACCAAGAGACAUCGGGAACAAGCUGGUGUUCAGCAAGAGUGUGGAUGCCUGCUGGGGACAACCAGAGUAUGUCAGCUCUCUGGAACAUGUUCAGGCUCGCAUCACUCUUUCCCACAACCAGAGAGGAAAAUUGGCCAUUCAUCUCAUCAGCCCACUGGGCACGCGCUCCACCUUGUUGUUCCCCAGGCCCAAUGACUUCUCCUCAGAGGGAUUCAAAGACUGGGCCUUUAUGACCACCCACUCAUGGGACGAGGAUCCUCAAGGGGAAUGGACCCUGGAAAUAGAAAACGUAGCAGCUAAUGGACGUGACUAUGGUGUGCUGAGUCAGUUCACCCUCAUCCUGUGGGGUACUGGACCCAGCGUCAUCAAUCCCUCAUCAUCUGACUUCCCUCGGCCGUCCAACAACAGCUGCAAGACCUUUGAUGCCCAGCAGAUUUGUAUCGAGUGCAGCCCCGGGUUCUCCCUCUUCCUCCAGGGUUGUGUGAAGUUGUGUCCUCCAGGCUUCACCUCAGGGCCACAGCUCCUCAACCUCUCCCUGGAGAACUGGGUGGACUUGUCCUCCGUCCAGGCCUGCCUGCCCUGCAACCCCACCUGCCUCACCUGCUCUGGCACCGGGCCUACAGACUGCCUGUCCUGCCCGCCUCACAGCCACCUGGUCCUCACAUCCUGCCUGCACCAGAACCAGGUCCAGCGUAAAUCCCCACUAGCUGGGGGACUCCAGGGUGACGGAGCCCAGCCAGAGGGGGAGAUUCCAGCAGCAGCAGACAACAGCGAAGAAGGCGAGGAACCUCCAGGGCUCAGCGUGGCUCCAUCCACUCAGCUGCCUGCCAUCGUGGCCGUGCUCAGCUGUGCCUUCAUCCUGGCUGCCUUCGUCGGGGUCUUCCUCUUGCUGCAGAUGCGCUCAGGUGGCGCUUCUUUGGGCUGGAGGACCAAACUGCCCUCUGUGUAUUCAGAGACGAGAGGGGUGCGGGUGGGCUUUGGUUUUGGCUUUGGCCCUGGACGGGAGAGGAAGGCACGGAUAUGCUACAAGGGGAUCCCCACUGUGUGGGGGGAUGAGGACAUGAUCGCCUACCAGUCUGAAUCAGACAGCGAGGAAGUGGACAGCCACAGCGAGCGGACAGCUUUUAUCAAGACACAGAGCUCAGUCUAGCUGAAUCUGCUGUCGUGGUGUCACAUCCCGGGCCUCAUCAGCAUUUAGAUCUGAUGUAUGGAGCUGAUACAUGAAGGAGAAUCACACAGGCUCAGAAAAAACACAAAAUGCAGGCCUUACUGUCCCAUCAGCACCCCAUCCAAAUGCAUUAAAGAGUCAAUCAUUUGUUUUUUCAUGUAUUUAUUUACGUUUGUUAAUUUAUCUGAUUAAUAUUUUGAUGUCAGAUGUAUUUAUUAUGCAUUUGACACUGUCACCAAUUAAAGGUGUUAUGCAACUGUAUUACUUAAUUUUACUUUAAUGACCAGUUUGACCAUAUUUUGUCCAAUUUGUCAAAGAGGUAUUUCAGAAAUUUAGCAUUGCUCUCCCAUAAACAGAAGUGUCAAAAUCAAAGCAGCAGAGGCUGAGACAUCCUGACUAUUAGUCCCAAGUAUAGAUCAAAACCCUGAUUCCUACAUUUCCCAUUAUGCAACUCAACCACAUCAUUCAUUAGAGCCCCCCUGCUCAAUUAAUGCCCAUGUCUUUUCAAACUCCGCACCACACAAGCCCAAUAACCAAUCAGAGCUCUAAAUAACCCUGAUGACAUCAUCAGGGUUAUAUUUUCAGAAUUGAGCUCCAGAACUACAGAAGACAUUAUCCAGCUAUUUUCACAGGCUGAAAAGUACUUUAUAGUAGUAUUUUAGAUUGUGGGCCUGGCAUUGUAAAGUUGAGAUGCUGUUCAUUAAUAGUAAGAAAACUUUAAAUUGAAGAUUUCUGCAGCGUACUGGGACAGCAUAAUAAAACAUCCUGCAGGCUGUUUGAUAAGCAGGAGACUGUGGAGGAUGCUCUGUUUUCAAUCAAGGCACAGUGGGAAUCGCCACCGCAGCAUAGACAUAUCAGAUCUAUCACUCACAAAAUCUCAUUGACUUGUAGUAAAGUAACACUGUUUUUGAAUUAAAUUUUUUUUUUAAACAUUUAGCCUGAAGCUGCUUGGCUGACCUUUACAACAUUUGUUCUACUUGGUUGCUGCUGGUAAGAAAUAAGAUCAUUUUCUCUUCAUUUUCCCGACAGAGCAUAUAUUGAUUUGGGGGCUUCUCUCCCAGAACGUCUUCAUCAGGGUAAAGCUCUUUCCCUUUCUAUUGUGAGCAGCAUACAUUGAAAGAAAAAGACCUGCUUUAUUUCCCAUCUAACUUUCCAGACUUUCCGCUACACAAGUUGAAUCAAAGCCUUUGGAUCUAAAGGCCAGAAUGGUUACAUGGAUUAAGAAAUGUAGAGAUCUUGUAUCACAUUUUCUAUGUUUGUUUUAUAUCCUUUUUUAUUUAACUGACAGUGGAUGUUAAUAUUGUGGAGAUCAGUUUCAUGCUGGAAUAAAAUGAAUUUGGCUGUUUCAUA